AUGAGCUUAAUUAGCAUCCUCUGCAGCAGGGUCCUGCCCGCCUUGAUCCUCGUCUUGGCCUUGAUUGUUGGAUGGUUUGCCAGCCAUGAAAUCCCCAUGGGGACAUUCUUUGCCACGGUAAUCCCCCUGGUGCAAUACCACCUUCCUGCCACCAUUGUAGGCCAUGGCAAAAUGAAGGGCACCCCUGAAGUGCCUGACGAUAUGUUACCCCAGCCUCGGCUCGAAAAAGAAACGUUUCUGGAGCUACCCAAUGGCGACCAGAUGCCACAAAACGGAAUCGGAAUGUGUUGCCGCUACUCAGCCUAUGACAACGUGUUGGUCGAAAGAACUACCUUGUGGUAUCUCCUGCAAGGUGGCAGGCACAUUGAUACCGCACAUUUGUACCUCAACCACAAGCCUAUUGGAAAAGCCAUUAAGGAGGCCGUCAAGAGAGGAGUUCCUCGCUCGGAGAUCUUCAUUACGACCAAGAUUUUCCCCACUCAUAUUGGAUACGAAUCUACGCUCAAAACGGCUCCCAAAUACCUCGAAGAAUUGGGCGUCGACUAUAUCGAUUUGGUGUUGGUCCAUUUCCCUGUUCUAUUUCCGCCCUACAUUACCACCAACGAUUGCAUCAAGCGAGGCAUCUCCGCCACCGAAUGUCGACAAGAAACCUGGAAGGCCCUCUCGGAAUUACGGGAGAAAGGCUUGUUCCGAAACAUUGGCGUCUCAAAUUUUGCUGUCAAACACUUGGAGGAAUUGGAGGGGGUCGGUGCUCCCAUUGCCAACAACCAAAUUCAGUACAGUCCCUUUACGGAUCCCUCGGUGCAAGAAACAUUCCAGUAUUGCGCCAAAAACAACAUUACCAUCACAGCUUAUUCUCCCUUGGGAGGCAUGAUGGAGAAGGACAAGGCGUUUGCCUAUUCGGUAUUGGAAGAGAUUGCUACCCGCCAUGAUCGACCCGUUUCACAGAUUAUGCUCCGAUGGGCCAUGCAGUGUGGCGCUGCUGUCAUUCCAGGAACUGGGAAUCCAAAACAUAUGCGACAAAACUUGGAUAUUUACAACUUUGAGCUGUCUCGAGAAGAAAUGGCGACCAUUGAUAAUCUCAAGCAUGGAAAGCACGCUGAAAAAUUCAUGCACAUUGACGUGAGGGCAUUCGAUUAG